AUGUUUGUACUUGUCUAUUUUUUGACAGCAAUGAAAAAUCAUGGGAGCUUCCCACCUCACAUUCUUGAAGAGUUUGUUCAUAGGGAUAUUGAUGAGCAGAUGUAAGAAAAAUAAUUUGUUAAUUUAUAUCUAACUUAACUUCAGUUCUAGGAAAUUAACCCCAUCUCCCCAUAGCUAGUGCUAGUGUUAAACUCCCAACUUCUCAAGAAAUCUUUACUAGUUAGUUUUAAUUUUUAUAGUUAGUAUAAAUAAUAAAUAAUAUUAAAAAUCACUGAUCUGCAAAGUGGCUAGCUGCAGGUUUGUUCCCUCCGGCACUUUUGUUGCCCUUAUAAUAAAUACUGUAUAUCUGUAAAUACCAUAUAAGCGCCCUUGCUCUAACAAGAACCCUUCCUUCAAAUAGGUGUCUAUUCCCUUGGCCAUAAUACCAAAAAAGUGCCCCCUCCCCCCUCACUUUUUUUAAAUAGUAGAGAUACAAGAGCAAUGCGAUAAUCAGCAUAUCAUUGGUGAGGAUUAUCCCCAGGAUGAUAAGAUUAAUUUAUGUAAACACUCAUAUUAAUACAUUAGUGUAUCAAUUAAGUGCUGUUCUUCUAAAAAGUGUCUCUCCUUUUAGCUGAAAUUUUGAAUUUAAGCACCCAGCCACUCAUUCAAGGAAAUACGGUAGAAAUGGUAAACACGUUAAAAUGGCUUCCCUUUGUUCAGUGAGGGAUGUAAAACACAAAACUGUUUGACCAUUAAGAAUAAUCUGCAUGCUCUUUUCAGGAAAGAUAUCCCUGAAGAUUAUUUUUCUGUGAAAGAUAACGAAAGUAGCAAGAAGCAUAGAAACCUUACCACAAUCAAGUGUAAAAAGAAAGUUCGGUAUGACAAAGUUUCCAGUACAACAUCAAGUAGAGAGGAAAAUAAAUGUUACAGUUAUAAAGAUCAUGGACAGGUCUACUAUGAAGCAAAUAAGAAGAAAAAUAAUGACGAAGAGAAUGUGUUUUCUGAUCCUAAUGAAAGUACAAAACUAUACCACAAUGAGUGUCCUGAGCAAGGCCCUGAUGUGGAGGUACUGGGAUCGGAUGAACUGUCUGUGCACCAAAAGAUUUUGGUGCCCGAGACUGAAGAUGUCCCAUGUUCCCCUCUGCAAGAAGAUGAUAACGAGCCUGUUGCUGAUAAAGGUAGAAUUCACCGUGAGGUUAUUGUGCCAGAUACUGAAGACCCUUAUGUUGAUGAAGUAUAUGAUUAUGGAUUACACUGUUCCAUAGGAGCACCUUCCGCUGCAAGCACUCCUUUAGGGGCAGCCAAUUCACCUCUGUUUGGCUACAAUAAUGGUGAUGAUAGCAAAGAAUUAAGUGUUGAUAUUCUGGAUGGUGUAACUGGGAAAUCACCCAGUAACGACACUGUUAAUCUUCUAACAGCUGCCAAGAGCCAGUUGGCUCAUUUACCCAAAUCAGAUUCACAAUUUCCUGUGGACUUGUCAUACACUCAGCCGCAGUCACCAACUAUUCCAAGCCGAACACAAUCACUGAAUCAAGAUAUGAAUCUAACAGCAGACUGCUCAGUGUCACUUCUUCCUCAUGGAAUGAGAAAUGAAAAAGUGGAAUCCAGAGCUGAUUAUAAAAUAGGGCAAAAUACAGUUAAGGAGAGUGAUGAC